GAAGGUCUAGUCCUGGUUUAGUGCCAAUUCAGUUCUGGUUAAGUUCUGGUUUAGUCCUGAAUCGUCCUGGAUUUCGUCCCGGAGAAAGAGAGAAGAGGGGAAGAGAAGAAGACAGAAGAGAGUGACAGGGGAGAAAGAGAGAGGGGAAAGAGAUAGUAGAAGAGAGAGAUUGAAGACCACGAGGAGAACCCAGACCCAGGGACGAGAACCUAAAAGAUCCAAGAAGAUCUGGACUCAUGAGACCUGAUGAGACCUGCAACAUUUUCCACACAACAGCCCAGUAUGAAGUUCUACUACAUGGGGGCCCACAGUUGGAGCACCAUGCUGGGACAGUCGGUGCACCUCCAGCCCGUCCCGGUGCAGAGCCUGUCGGAGCUGGAGAGGGCGCGUCUCCAGGAGGUGGCGCUGUGGCAUCUGGAGGAGAGAGAGCUGGACUUUAAAAUCUGCAUCCCCAAAGAAACGAGGAAGAGGAGUAAGUCGAUCCGCAGAAAAUUUGACUCUUUUUCGAAGGAGAAGAAGGAACGUGAAACGGCUCCCAAAGCGUUCGGCCUGCCCCUGUCCCAGGUCAUCGCCAACGACCGCGCUCACAAACGGAGACAGGACGAGCUGAAGGCGAGCCGCAGGGACUGUCUGGAUCUAGAGGCCAGUGUGCUGCGCUUCAGGGCCCAGAAAAGGCUCCUGUUCUCGAGCAGCAGGCCUCUGAUGAGCCCCCCCUUCUGCGUGGCGCCUUCCUCUCCCUCGGCCAACUCGGUGGCGCCCGCUCCUUUCUUCGACAAACCGCAGCCGCCCGGGUUCCUGGACAACAGCGGGAGAGUGCAGCGCAGGGGCGGUCUGUCAGUGGACUCCAUCUCAGACCUUGUAGAGAGCCAGUCUCGCCUGUUGGAGGCGCUGCAGCUGUCUCACCCCGCGGAGCUGGACCUGAAGAAGCCUCAGGGGUCCAGCAGGGGGCGCACUCCCUCCAAACUGAGCCUGAACCCAAUCUACAGACAAGUGCCCCGCCUGGUGGAGAGCUGCUGCCACUGCAUCGAGAGCCACGGUUUACAGACAGUCGGCAUUUUCCGAGUGGGGAGCUCCAAAAAGCGUGUCCGCCAGUUACGUGAGGAUUUCGACCUGGGUCUGGACGUACAGCUGGACGAGGAGCAGAGCAUCCACGACGUCGCAGCUCUGCUUAAAGAGUUCUUACGGGACAUGCCUGACCCUCUGUUACCACGGGAACUAUACCCCGCCUUCCUCCACGCCAGCGGUUUACAUGGUCCAGAUCAGAUCGAGUACUUGCAGCUCCUCCUCUUCCUCCUCCCUCCCUGUAACUCGGACACUCUGUGGAGGCUCCUGUCUCUGCUGCACCGUGUCCAGAGCCACGCCCAGGACAGUGUCAGCCCCAACGGAGAACAGAUCUCAGGGAAUAAGAUGACGGCUGCAAACUUGGCCGUGAUCUUUGGUCCAAACCUUCUGCAGAAGGAGAGGACGUCUGAGUGUCCUCUGUCCCUGGGCAUCGAGGACAGCAGCGCCAUCAUCAACGUGACUCUGGUACUGAUCCAGAACUACAGGCGGCUCUUCACGGUUUCUGCGGAGCUCCAGCAGGAGGUGCUGAUGAGCCUGAUCCAGACCGACCCCGACAUCAUCGACUACCUCCUGCGACGUAAGCUCAGCACCGUCCCCUCCUCCCCCUCCCCGUCUCCCUCCUGUCGUCAUGACAGCGCUCCGUCUCCAGACUCGGUGGGAGCGUCCAGUGGAAGUGCGUCUCCUCAGGACGCUCCGUCUCCUCUGAGCGGCGACGUCCUGCUGAAGGCCAUCAGACUGAACCAGAGCCAGAGGAGACGGGAGCAGAGGGGCGACGCCGCUCUGCUCAAAUCCAUCUCCCACAUGAGACAGUUCCACUCCCACCACAACCUCCUGAGUCUGAGCCACCCCUCGCCCUCCGCCCUCUCCUCCCCCCGCUCGCCGGACUCCCAGGACCCCCCCUUCGCCGCCUGGCCCUUCUCCCCCACCGCAGAUCCACCCGGUCUGGGCGGCGGCGGCGGCUUCGGCCUGAGCGUGUCCAACGAGGGCAGCGUGUGGGUGCGACAGACUCCGACAGAGGACACCGAAGAAGAGCACGCCAAAAACGAGACGAAAGACGAGCAGAAGAGCGAACCGAAGAACUUUUGGGACUUUUUCAGCGGGAAAGGCUCCAGCUCCGAGACUGUGGUAUGAAGAAGAGCCGGAUCUUUAAAACACAGACGCAGCUAAAACCGUAACGUCAGUGUAUAGUAGAAAAAAGGGCCAUUAACAUUAAACACAAACUCUUUUUACAUGUUUUGUGUAGAAGAGAUUACAGCAAAAUCAAACGUCUCAGCCCUAGUUCUUAUUAUUUCAGAAAAGCAGUUUAAAGCGCUCGUAUUACGUAUUUUUUGAGCUGUUAUAAGUGUUUCCUCAUCACAAACACACCUGGAGUUGUGUUUUUGUUUCAUUCGCACAUGUUUAACACACAAAAACUGCAGAUUUUGGCUGAGUUCUUCUUCUCUCAAACAGAAAACGCUCCGUUCCACCUUGUGAUGUCAUGCGGUGAUACAGGAAGUAGUGCUCCGCUGUGUUUUUAAACUCCACACACCUUCAUUUCUCGAAUAAUUUGGAUGAUUUCAGCUCUGGAAUUGACAAUUUCUACUAAACAAAAGGUAAAAAAAGGAGCUGUUAACUUGAAAACUACCACUUUAUGACAUCACAAGGUGGAACAGAGCGUUUUGAGAUUUGGAGAUGAAGAAGUAGCAGUAGCCUAAUAAACAACAGAUGACUUAAACUUAUGCGUGAUGAAACCAGGUGUGUUUUUGAUGCUUUAAACACGUCUUAAACCUCACAAGAGUCAAUUUUGUGUAAUGUAAAAUCUUUUAAGAAUAAGCCUCAGAGUCUGCCUCAUCAUUGUACAUAUUUUAAACAUGUUUGUACAUAAAAACAACAUUGAAACAUACAUGUCUUUUUACAGAAACUACCUUAUAGUUUAGGGGAAAAUUGCAUGACUUUAAGCAUUCGAUACAAGACAAAGGUUUUUUUUGGGGGUUUUUUAGUGGACUUAAUAAUACGUCUGAUUUUGUAAAUGUAAAUAAACUCAAAGUUGAAGGACUGUUGGACAAAGCCUGUACAUAAUUACUGCAUUUGUAAUUGUUUUUAAAUGAAUAAAUUAUCUUUUAUACAAGUUACUAC